AUGCACUUAAAGAGCAUUAUGCCAGAAGAAAAUGGCGAAUUAAUUGCUCAGACAGAAACAGAAGAAAUCAUUGACUUCUUUAAACAAUUUUGCAGAUGUACACUAUUAUCCGGAAUAUGCGAUUUUGCAGAGCCAACAACGCAAGAAGAUUUUUCUAUUGGUGAUUUCCUAAACAGUGCAAAUUUCCUUAUACAGUCAUAUAUUUAUGAGUAUAUUGAGGAUAUACAUCAGUAUAAGCAAUUAGUAAAAUCUACACUAGAACUACUAGAGGAUUUAUAUGAAUCUUCAAAGAAAACGUCAAUUAUUCCGAAAUCCACAGAGACAGUAAAAAAUUCACUUUUUAUACCAAUAGACGGCAUUGCGGUAGAAGAAGUACUUAUUAAAGAAUUUUGUGGGUUUAAGUCUAAAUUAGACUGUGCAGCAAUUAUUCCAUUCAUAAAUAAUGCAUCUGUAUACCCAUACACAAGAAUACCAGAGUAUACUCAAAUGAAUACAGAAUCAAUGCCAGAUGAAACAUCAUACUACAAUGAUCAUGUUGAAACUAUGUUGCUAAACCUUUUCUGCACUUUUACUUAUAAUCCAGAGGACAUGAAACAUUCAACAGCACAUAUUACAAAUCCAUCAGAUGCCCUAGUAAAGUUUUUUGAUAAAUACUCUACUCCAAAUGAGUGUGCUACACAAGAAAUGCACAGAGAUUGGUCUGAAAUAGUAUCUAAUUUAAAUAAUCCAAAUAUUAUAUACAACAGAAAUAAUGGAAAUUCUCUUUUUGGUGGUCUAAUUAACAUUCUUUAUGUUAUAUACGAGCUAACCCAAAGCACAGAUGUAUUGAAUGGAAUUGAUUUUAUAUUCAGAAAUUGCUCUGCCGAUGAUGAGAUCUUAGCCAUAGAUAUUCCGGCUGUAUCAGAUUAUUUACAGUAUGUAUUUGGACUUCUUACAGUAAAUAGGACAUUGAACAUUUACUCCUUUGAUUUAACGCAUGUUAAGAGGAUUAAUGGUUCACUUGAUAUACGCGGUAAGAUCACAAUGAAAUUAUCAAAUGGCCAUGUUUCAUCAGAUAUAGAAUUGGAUAUUUCAUCUAAAUUCUGUGAAUUUAGGGUAGUUUCUGGCAUAUCACACCUGUCCCAGGACAUGUGCGAUGAUAUUAUUCAAAUCACUGGAAAUUACUUGCCUCCAAAUAGUUACACUGCGUAUAUUAUUUACAAUUAUAUAAGUAAUAAUUUCAACUAUGCCACUCCAACAAUAGAUAACAAUAUAGAACCUAUUUCUGUUAAUGUCAAUAUACCCGAAAUUACACCAAGUAUCACACCAAAUGAAAUAUUCUUAUUUGGGCCAAUAGAAAGCUUAAAAUAUAAGUCUUCUAUUCUUAUGGACUUCUUAAUUAAUAAUAGCAGUGCAAAUUUACCUAUAAAUACUGGCAUGGAACGAUUCACUGAAAAUAUUAUAGGAAGUGUAUCCCUUAAUAUCGAAAGGGAAAGAACUCAAAUUCUCUCUAAGUGCAUAUACAAUCUUAAUUAUAUAAAAUACUACCCAAAGAUUAAUUAUUUCGUGCAUAAUUUAACCGAUUUUACUUAUAAUAGUAUAAAACUAAUACUAAUUGAUAUAAUACAAGGAGAUUAUCCCACACAAUCUGUUGUAUCCUCAUUGAAUUAUGUGUUUAUGCAUCCUAUAUGCAGUAAGUAUGCAUUUGAAAUAUUUGAACCAAAAACAAUAUUCUUGCAUCUGUUCAGUACACUAACUAAAAAAUAUGAACUCCCACGUUUAUACAAUGUGCUAGCUAAUAUGGAUAAAGUGUUGGCGUCUAAAGACAAAACCGCUUUGAAUAAUAUUUAUCUUACAUGGCUGUCUUAUGCUUGCGGCAAUCCUAAAUACUCGUGCACACAGAUUGGCUACAUCUACAGCUUCAUAGAUUAUAAAAAACUGUCUACAGAAUUUGCAAAUAGUGCAGCACUCAAUGGAAGUAUUAACUUUAAUGAAAUUCUGUCUAGCUUGGAAUUGGAAAAGGACUCUUUAGUUGCCAAUAAUGAGAAUGGUAAGGAAAAAUAUGAGAAUAUCAUAAAAUAUUUAAAAAAUGCAAAUGCUCUUAUAAAUGAAUAUUUAGAAUAUAAUCCUAGAUUAUCUAAAAAGAGAAAAUGCACAGACAUAUAG